GUAAAGGUGGAAUCUUGAUUUUAUUACAAUCUAGUAAUGCUUUGCAAAAUUGAAUUUUGACCAAUGCUCUGCAGUUUGUGUUCAAACCUAUGUGUAGAUUUGGCGUUGAGGUUGACUAAAUUCGAUUUCUUGCUGGUUGAAAGUCUUGAAAACUAAAUAUUUGGUUCUUGGGGGGCUUUAUGAGUUAGUAUUGUUAAGUAAUAUCAGAGAGUUGAGAAGAUUGUAUGUGUGAGGAAAACAUCAGUUUGAAGGGAGCUGAUGUUGAUGACAAGCCAUAGACCAGAAGAGAUGUGAGAAUGUGGGCUUUGAUGGAAUAGAAAGGAAAGUGUGGGGGUGAAAUUUUGAUAUUUAAAAGAGUUGUGGGGGAUCUUUUUGUGGAAGGCAAGGGAAGUGAAGAAAAUGGCAGCAAAAUUAUUACAUUCUUUGACAGAUGAAAAUCCUGAUCUGCAGAAGCAAAUCGGAUGUAUGACCGGAAUUUUUCAGUUGUUUGAUCGACAACAUAUUCUAACCAGUGGCAAUAGGCGCUUGGUAGGCCAUACUCCAAAAAGGCUUCCCUCAGGAAAUUCCCACUUCCAUAGCUUGGACAGAGAUUCUAAUAAUAAGACAUACGGAAGAUCGGCAUCAACGGAGAAAUAUUCAACUCCACUUAAACCCACCCAAGAAAGACAAAGAAUCUCGACCGAAUCAUCUCGAGCCUCCUUCUCUUCUUCAUCCCGCUCGUCUUCCUUCUCCUCCCUCGACUGCAAUCGAGCCCCUCAUCUCGAUCCCGCUCCCUUUGACCGAAUCAUAUUCCCCGAGACCCCUUCCCAAGACCCGGCCAUGAGCUUGCAGAACUCUUCCCCUCAGUCCACACGACAAAACCUCGACAUCCGUGAUUUAGUGAAAGACUCAAUGUACCGCGAAAUUCACGCUAUAUCACUUAAACCCAAGGACUCCCCAAGACCUCAGCCUAGAACGAGCUCCGACUUGAAAGAAUCACUCAAAACACUCUCCAAGCUUCAAGAAUCUCCUUGGUACCAAAACGAGCCCCCUCGAGAGCUUUUACGGUCCGCAUCCUACCAUGCGAAAGAAGGUACAACAUCCUUUUCGAUCUGCCGUGACGCGCCUCGCUUCUCUUACGACGGGAGAGAAGUGAACCGGGCCCCACUCGAUUUUUCCAAAUCGGGCCCCAAGCUUCGGGAUGCGCCCAGGCUGUCGUUGGAUUCGCGCGAUUCGAAAUCAAGCGUUUUCUUGAGAAGUUCCGUUGAGAUUAUUCCGCAACAGGUGGCGGUGGGAAAUCAAUCGAGGCCUCCGAGUGUGGUGGCGAAGCUGAUGGGUCUCGAGGCGCUGCCCGACUCAGUCACGUCGAGUAACGACUCGAAUUCUGUCGUGGGCCAAAGUUUUUCGGACGAAGAUUUUUUCGAUAUUCCGUGGCUAUCUGCGAAAAAGGGUCAGAAGUCUGUUCAAACUUCGAGUUCCUUGAGGAAGAAGGAACCUUCUAUGAAGCCCAUUUCACGAUUUCCCAUCGAGCCGGCGCCUUGGAAGCAAAUUGACGGUGCUAAGAGUUCUCAGAAGGCCGUAAGAGCUCCACCGAAGGCCUCGACUGCAUUUCCUUCUGUCUACAGUGAGAUAGAGAAGAGACUUCAGCAUCUCGAAUUCACGCAAUCCGGGAAAGACCUCAGAGCACUUAAACAGAUACUCGAGGCCAUGCAAUCCAAAGGGUUCUUGGAAAACGAGAAGGAAACCCAAGCGCAGGGCCUGAAUGAGCAGAAACAUUCGAGUUCGGUUAGCAACAAGCAAAAACAAUGGGCCGGCCCUCCAAGGAAACAUUACGAGUCCCCUAUUGUUAUCAUGAAACCGGCUAAGUUAGUCGAGAAAUCGAGUGUACCGUCAUCUUCUGUUAUUCCACUCAACAGCUUACCCAGUCUAACGAAACCUAAUACUGAGUCUGUUGAUAACAACACAAAGGGUUUAAGCAGCGGGAGAAAAUCCGGUCAACAAGCCAAUGCUGUGAAUUCUGUCAAUAUGAUGAGAAAUGAGAGGACUUUGAAAAACACACAGACAUCGUCGAGAGUAUCAUCACAGUUGGGCAGAGAUGGAAAUGUGGGGACAGGUAAGAGUACGGGAACAGGAACGGGAUCUAUCAGCCCAAGAAUGCAACUGAAGAAAAUCGAGAUGGAAAAAAGAUCUCGGCCACCCACUCCUCCAGAUUCUGGAAAAUCUAGACGUCAGCCGAACAAGCAACAAGGUGACUCGUCUAAUUCUCCUGGCGGGAGGCGAAGGCUGAAACUUACCGGCGUACAGCUGCUAAGUGUUGACCAGCCGCGUGAGGCUAAUGUUGAUUCUAGUAGAUACUUUGAAAACGAGACCUUAAUUCAGUCACAUGAAAGUAUUACGCAAAGAUCCUCUGCGGCAAGCAGUUGUGAGAAUCUAUCAGUGAAUGCUUCUAAAUUCGUGUUAUCUGAUUUGGUAGAAAAGAAAUCUACGAAUGAAGCAGAGUCGAGAGAUUUUGGAUUUGUUCCUCCCGAGUAUUCAAGUCCCGUCUCCGUUCUCGAUAAGGUAGUCUGCAAAGAUGAUUCUCCUUCUCCCGUGAGUUAUGUUGGGAAGACCCUUAAAGUGGAUGAUGCACCCACAGAGAAAAACAGUGAUGACCGGACCACAGGCCAAGAAAACCCUUUGGACGGGCCACACCAGACCCAAGCCCAAAUCAACCGCAAGAAGCUCCAAAACAUCGAGACUUUGGUCCAGAAGCUGAGGCGCCUCAACUCGACCCACGACGAAGCCCGUACAGACUACAUUGCCUCUCUCUGCGAACAAACCACAAACCCCGACCACCGUUACAUAUCCGAAAUCCUGCUAGCCUCUGGCCUUCUCCUCCGAGAACUUGGGUCGAGCCUCGUGAAUUUCCAAUUCCACCCCUCGGGCCACCCGAUCAACCCUGAGCUGUUCCUCGUGCUGGAACAGACAAAGACGAGUGCUUUAUCAGGCGGGAGGCCCCAAAGGAAGCUCAUUUUCGAUGCUGUCAAUGAAAUACUCACGCGGAAGCUGGCGGGCCCGGGUUCCAGACCUUGGGCCUGUUGGGCCGGGAAUACGGGCCUCACAGCACAGAGGCUUCUGGGUGACCUGUGCUCUGAGAUGGAUCGGCUUCGGGCGAGAAAUGGGAAAUGUGGGGUUGGGGAGGAAGAUGAGAAAGAAGGGUGGAAAGAGCUCUUGCAUGAGGAUGUGAAGAACGAGUCGGGAGAAUGGAGGGAUUGUGAGAGGGAUGUGUCGGGAGCAGUUCUUGAUAUCGAGCGCUCGAUAUUUAAGGAUUUGGUGAAUGAGGUCGUGAUUGGCGAGUUGAUUGGGUUGAGGGGUAAACCGGGAAGGCGUAGGUUGUUUGUGAAGUAGUUUUUUUGUCUGUUUUGCUUUAUUGUUNUUAUUGUUGAGGUUGGAUGAGGUUGUAU